UGGUGAAGCCGUGAAUUUAUCGUGAACGUAGGUAUAUCACGCAGUAUCGUGAGGUUAAUUCGCGCUUGUUUUUCUCGAAAAAUGAAGAGAUCGCCGUUGAACAAUGCUGCGCAUGGUGGCCGUCCGUACGGUGCAAGGCACACGCCGUACAAUUGGAAGUCGCACGAGAACGCGUGCGGUAGAGGUUAUCAGCCUGCGGAGGGUAACAGCUACCAUCGUUUCCCCGGAAGCAAUACAGGUUCGCAGCCCCACGAUGACGAUUUUAUCCCUCUGAACGUCAGCACACCGCUGAUGCGACACGACAAGUAUAACACUGCUAAUCGGUAUAGCCCUUCCGGUGGACGCGGCAGUCCAGGCAGUGGAUGGUAUAACAAUUAUAGGGGUAAUUAUUACGCCACGCCAAGACCGAACAAUAGGAACUCUGCCUACAAGCAUUCUCCUAAACAGUUUCAAGGGCAGAAAAGAAAGGGCUACAAAGGAGCGUACAGGCAGGUGAAUAUAUCGGCGUAUGUAGAUAUGAAUUCCUUUUUGGAAGAUCCCUGGGAAGAUCUAGUCAAAAAAUUAGACGACUCAAAAGAUAUAAGUAAAAGUGAAGGACCUGAGAAUAAAUCUCUGUCUAGUUCAAAACUGGUUGAUACCGAUUUGUUAGACAAAUCUGAGAGCCAACUUUCAAAGGAUAUGAACUUGGACGAUUCGCUGUGCAGUCAAGAGAGUAGAAAUGAAUGUUCUAAAGAUACAACAACCUUUGAGACAAAUACAGGUUUUAGUCAAAUAUCAAAAGACAACAGUUUGAUAGAGUCAGAAACUGGAGAUAUCUGCUCUUCCAGUCAAGAUUCUUUAAAUGAAAGUACAUGCAGUGUCAGCGACAAGAUUUAUGGAACCAUACGAGAGAAUAGUAUUCAUUCGAAUGCAUCAUUAACAGAUAUUGAACAGAAAACUAUAUAACAAUAACGAAAAUCAGUGUAUUGUAAGAAAAUGCAUUACAGUACAUAAAAGUACAUAUAUGAAUUUGUAUUCAUGUAUAUAGAUAUUGUAUA